AUGGAGAAUUCAGUUGAACAACAAGUUUGUUUGAAAUUUUGUGUUUUGAACGAAAGUUCAUGUGUUGAAGCAUUGAAAAUGGUGGAGGCAUACCAGUGGUAUAAAAAAUUCAAAGAGGGUCGUGAAGUGAUCGAAGAUUUGCCUCGUUCUGGACGUCCAUCAACAUCAAAUACCAAAGAAAACGUGGCAAAAAUCAAGAAAAAUGUGCUGGAACAUCGUCGUAAGACUGAAAAGGCGAUUGCUUGUGACUUGAACAUCUCAAAUGGAUCUGUUCACCAUAUUCUAUAUGAUAUAUUGAGCAUGAGACGCGUUGCAGCUCGACUUGUACCGAAACACCUUGAUUUUUUGAAAUAA